UGCGGAUACGAAAUAGUCUGGUACUAGCUAGUUGCGCAUUCAACCACAAAAUGGUACAUGUAUCGCUGAAAAACGAUUGCCAGCUUUGACCCCUAUAACACAAUACGCCCACGAAUACCUGUAGUCACGCACAGCAGCCUACAUGGAAUAAUGCGUGUAUUCAUCUAGGGUUCUUUAUGCAGAUAGUAUUUUGCAAUAGACGUGAACUUUGUGGCGUCGGUUUAUUCAGGACUACGUGUUCUAAACCUGACAAGAAAGAUAACAACGCCCAAAAGAAAAGUCUUUUCCUCACCGAAUCACGAUGGCAGAAGCAGAGGCAUCAGAGCCGGUGACAUCAGAACCCCCAACUGAGGGAGAAGCCAAGACUGAGGAACCCACCGUGACAGAUCCUCUCUCGUCAUCGGAGCCCGAGGCGGCAUCAGACCCACAACCAGGUCCUACUGGUACUGAAAACACCACAGCGGCAUCAGACCCACAACCAGGCCCUACUACUACUAGUACCGAGGACACCGCGGCGGCAUCGGAACCGCUACCAGGUCCCACCGGUGAUGAACACACUGCGGCGGCAUCAGAUACACCACCGGUGCCCACCGCAGAGAACGCCGCGGCGGGAAAUGCAGACUCCCCCGCGGAUCUGGCCGGCACCUGGCACCUGGCGAGAAACGAGCACUUCGAUGAGUUCCUGAAGGCCUCCGGCAUCGGCUUCAUGAAACGCAAGGUGAUCACCGCCCUCCAUCCAACCAUCGAAAUCAAGCAAGAGGGAGAGGUGUUCACGUUCACGUCCAAGACGCCGAUGGGUAACCGGGUGACCAGCUUCACGGUGGGAGUCGAAUACCCCGAGACCAAUCCGUUGUGGGGGGACAAGGAGCACCGAGUGAUGCCUGAGUGGCAGGGGGCUAAGCUGGUCCAGAAGGUGGUUCACGGUCCAGAUGAUAAGUUAGAUAGGAGCUUCGAAAGAGAGAUAGUUGACGGGGAGUUGGUUAUCACCAUGCGACGUGGGGAUAAGUCUUGUAAGCGGAUCUUCAAGAAGAAAGAUGUAUAGACUCCUGCCUGGUCUCAAGACACUGGACAUUGCCAGAGCUUUACAGUAUAGAGUCAAGUCUAUAAGACGACUUGGCCUGAGUGAAAUCUUACAACAAAUUCCUGGCCUCCAAGUUAAUAAUGUCCUGUCGCAGAAAACCAGCAAGAUACUUGCAACGUAUACCUUCUGCUGUUGACAUUCCUUGACAGUGACUGAUUACUCUCGGCAGCCAUAAAUUACAUGGUUUGUAAACCAUUUUUAAAAUUACAUAUUAAUCUUUGUUCGGCCGAAUAAUUAUUUUCAUGAAAUUCAUAACCUAUCGUUCCUAAAACGCUGGGAAAUCAUUGUUGUGCGGCUCAAUUUGAUAUAACUUUUUUUAUUAUCAAGUAUACAGUGGAUUUUCAUCGGUAAAGUGGAAUUUUCGUCAAAUAGACUUCAGAGAAUCAGAAGGCACAGGUGAAUCAAAUUUAUUAGAUAUACAUUUGCUUAUAAAUUUGCUUUAAGUUUAAAACCAAUUUUCGAAAGUCAUAAAUUUAUUCAGUAAGUCGACUGAGAUUAAAAAAGGUUAAGCUUUCUUGUUUAGAUGAUGUCAGCAAU